AUGAUCCAGAUCUCGUGUACUUUGGCUGACAGUUUUGAUCAGAGUGCAGUGUUCUUUGGCAAGAAAACCUCAUACACUCCGACUGUAGUUGACGUGCAGAAGACGAAUGUGAAGAAGAAGGAGACGGAAGAGCGGGAGAAGAAGAAGAAGGAGACGGAAGAGAAACAGGAGCAAGAGAAGAAGAAGAAGAAGCAGAAGAAGAAGAAAAAGAAGACGACAGAAGAGAAGGAACAGAAUGAGAAGGAAAACACAUUCGAGGACGAGAAAGAUCGUCGUACAGUGUUUGUAGGCAACGUAUCACUUGAUGCAACACAAAAGGAUAUUAAAAACCACUUUGCAGUGUGUGGUAAAGUGGAAAACGUGCGGUUCCGACAUUUGCCGAUUGCUGGUUGUGCCAUUGACCAGGCUGGUAAUCAAAAGCUGAUGAUGAAGGUCUGUGCAAACAAGAAGAUUCUGACGACAGCCAAGGAUAAUUGCAACGCCUACGUGACGUUUGUAGAGGAGAAGAGUGUGGAUGCUGCAUUAAAGCUCAACGGAACGACACUUGUGCACAAGAAGAUCCGCGUAAACAGAUCCCAGCUUGUAAUUGAUGCACGCCGUAGUAUCUUCCUUGGCAAUGUUCCUUUCAAAUGUACUGAUGACCAAAUGGUGCAGUUCUUUGCAAAGCGUCUUUGGACUGAAGAAGAGCCGGAACCGAUUGAGAACGUUCGUCUCAUUCGCGACCGCGAGUCCGGUCUUGGCAAGGGAUUUGGGUACGUGUUGCUCAAGACUCAGGCUCUGGUUGCAAAGGCAUUGGCACUUCGUGAACUUAAGAUGGAGAAUCGUGAGCUUCGCGUGCAAGUGUGUGGCAAGCGCUUUAAGAACUUACGUGGGGACGAAUCUGCCCAGGAAAAGUUUGAGGGGCUUCGUUCGUCUGCUGGCGCUCUGGCACGCAUUCAACUGAAGCGUAAAACUGGUGCGAUAGAUCUUGACCGGGAUCUGAUGGCCAAGAAGAUAAAACGAACGGCUGCUGCAGCUGGACUGGGCAAGAAGUUUAAGCCCAAACACGUAGCACGAAAGGCAGCUAAAGCCGUCGCAGACGCUGACGCUGCCAUGAGCGGAAAGACUUCGAAGAAGCGGAAGCACGACCACGUUGACAGCAAAAAGGUGACGAAGACCAAGGUCAAAAAGGCCAAACAUGCCGCGCGCAAGGCUGCGUACUUGCUCGCCAAGCUAAUGAAACACUCUUGA